AUGUUCGAUACGUUUGGCCGAUUGCCGGUGCCCCGCGCCGAGAACGCUGAGGCCGCUGGCAGCCCUCAAGAGGAGGCGGAGGAGUCCAUCCGUCCCAAGCGGAAGGUGCCGAAGCCCGGCGGCAUCAGCUUCAACAUGGAGGGCGCCCAGAAAGCGCUGGCGGCGGCCCGCACGCGGGUGCAGGUGCAGACCGCCGUGGAGGCUGCGAAAGCCAAGCGCUUGAAUGUGAAGGAUGCGGCCACCCAAACCGUUCGGGAUCCUGAGCAUCAGGACGGGGACAUCGUGACCAUUUGGCGGCUGCGCCCGCGAGGUAUGGAGUCCUUCCCGCACUUCGUGAAGCCGAAGAAGGUGAAGAAGAGCAAAGAGGUUCCCGUCACGGUUCAGGAGGCCCUCGAAACGGAGGAGCCGCAGGCGCCCAGCGGCGACCCCCGAGCUGCCGGCGCGAGGAAGCGACCGCUGCAGGAGGAAGCCACCGGCGCGGCGGAUCUCAGCGGAGGUGAGGCAAUGGAGGCAAUGUGUGACCCAUACCAAACCACCUUCGAAGAGACGAGCUGA